AUGGGCGAGGAAGAAAAGAAAGCAGAGGAAAGCAAAGUGGAGGAGAAAAAAGAAGCAGGGGAAGCAAAGGCGGAAGAAGAGAAGAAAGAGGUUAAAGAGGAAGCCAAAAAAGCGGAAAAACCGGAGGAAACAAAGGAACAAGGUGCGCCGCCAGAAAUUGUGCUUAAAGUGUUCAUGCAUUGCGAAGGUUGUGCUCGCAAGGUUCGUCGCUCCCUCAAAGGAUUCCCAGGGGUUGAGGAUGUAGUCACGGAUUGCAAAACUCACAAGGUGGUUGUUAAAGGAGAAAAAGCGGAUCCGCUGAAGGUUCUAGAGAGAAUACAGAGAAAGAGCCAUAGACAGGUCGAGCUUCUUUCUCCCAUCCCAAAGCCACCAGCGGAAGAGGAGAAGAAGAAGCCACAAGAGGAAGAGAAGCCAAAGCCAGAGGAGAAGAAAGAUGAGCCUCAGGUCAUCACUGUUGUUCUUAAAGUUCACAUGCAUUGCGAAGCCUGCGCUCAGGAAAUCAAGAGACGCAUAGAGAGAAUGAAAGGGGUAGAAUUAGCGGAACCGGAUCUGAAGAAGUCGCAGGUGAGUGUGAAAGGAGCGUUUGAGACAGAGAAGUUGGUGGAAUACGUGUACAAGAGGACAGGGAAGCAAGCAGUGAUAGUGAAGGAAGAGGCAGAAAAAAAAGAGGAAGAGAAAGAAGCGAAAGGGGAGAAGAAGGCAGAGGAAGGUGACAAGGGUGGAGAGAAGGGAAGUGGUGAAGGAGAGGAAAAGAAGAAAGAAGGGGAAGAGGGUGAGUCCAAAGGAAGCGAGGGAGGCACAACAGAAGAAACGACGAAGGUGGUGGAGCUGAAGAAGAAUGAGUAUUAUUACAACCCACCAAGGUACGGCAUGGACUUCUAUGCAUACCCUGGCCCAGGAUACCCGCCCCAGAUCUUCAGUGAUGAGAACCCCAAUGCCUGCUCUGUCAUGUAAAAACUCACCAUUGUCAGGGGUAAUCUUGGAACUUUCCCAAACAUUAUGAAAUUUCAGGGAUUUGCUGUAUCCUCAGAUACAUGUACCCUUCCUCUGUACUUUUCC